CGCUGAGAUUGAGAAAAGGGAACUCUCACGAAACUCAACUCUCUCUUUCUCUCUCUCUCCUUCACCCUCUUCCCUCUGCAGCCAAUCCCCAUUUCAGAUCGAGCCCUUCUUCUUCCUCCACCCUUUACCAUUCGCUGUGGUGACUGCUAUCUCAUCUUCACUACCAAGAUUACUUGGCUCACAUUUAGACUAUAGUGGUGGAUGCUGCGGUGUGCGUUUUUUCCUCAGACAUAUGACUAGUCCAGUUGGAGAAUUGACAAGCAAUAACAAAAGUACCGCCGGAGAAAUGCGUACUGAAAAAUCUGAAUUGUCUGAAAAAGUACAGUUAGGGACUGAGCAUUUACUAAAGGAACAACGGGAGUCUGGCACUGUGUUAACCCGUUCAGUUAUCGAUGAAAAAUCAAAUCAAGUUUAUGCUAAUGCGACAGAGAAUUCUGUUAUUUUACUGCCUGCACCACCUCAACAUUACUCAGAAAAGAAUUGUCAAACUGUAGAAGGUUCACACCUGCAACAAAGUACUGAUAAAGAAGUUUCUUUACAGUUAUCUAACGAUAAGCCAGAAAACCCAUCCCAACCAUUGUCUGAGAAUGAACCCGUGGAAUCCGUUCCUGCCUCUGCCGAGGAUGGCCAACAGCAAUCUAGUCCAGCUCAAGCGAAUACAAGUUAUGUAAAUAAAUUGUUGGAUCCACCUUCUGGAGAUGUUGUGACCAAUUUUUCAGAAAAAGUGUCUAAUAGCCCCACUAAUUCGCAAUUGAGGCGCAAGGGUAAAAAAAACUCAAAAUUAUUGAAGAAGACAUAUAUGCUACGAUCGGUAGGAAGCAGUGACAGAGCUUUGCGGUCUAAAACAAAAGAAAAUCCCAAGACACCUGAACCAAGUAGUAAUUUGGUUGAUUGUAAUAAUAAUAAUAAUAAUAGCAAUGAUGGAGGGAAGAGGAAAGCUCGUAAGAAGAAGAGAAAGAGUGGAGAGGUUGGAAUUACUGAUCAAUUCUCCAGAAUCAAAUCUCGCUUAAAAUAUUUAUUAAACAGAAUAGGCUACGAGAAAAGCUUGAUUGAUGCUUAUUCAGGCGAGGGCUGGAAAGGACACAGUAUGGAAAAAUUGAAGCCUGAGAAAGAACUUCAACGGGCCAAGUCUGAAAUUCUUCGACGCAAAUUGAACAUUAGGGAUCUAUUUCGAGAUUUGGAUUCAUUGUGUGCUGAAGGAAAGCUACCAGAGUCUUUAUUCGAUUCUGAGGGAGAGAUUGACAGUGAGGAUAUAUUCUGUGCAAAAUGCCACUCCAAAGAGUUGAGCUCUAAUAAUGAUAUAAUUCUCUGUGAUGGUGUCUGUGACCGUGGCUUUCACCAGCAUUGUUUAUAUCCUCCAUUGUUAACCGAAGACAUUCCACCUGGUGACGAGGGUUGGUUAUGCCCUGGAUGUGAUUGCAAAGAUGAUUGCAUGGACCUUAUUAAUGACUCCUUUGGAACAAGUCUCACUAUUAAUGACAAUUGGGAGAGGGUUUUUCCUGAAGCAGCAGCUGCUGGAAAUAAUAAGGAUGACAACUUCGGACUCCCUUCUGAUGAUUCUGAUGAUGAUGAUUACAAUCCUAAUGGUCCAGAGGAUGUGAAAGGUGAAGGAGACGAAUCAAGUUCUGAGGAAUCUGACUAUGCUUCUGCUUCUGAGAAUUUGGAGGGUUCGCAUGGGGAUCAAUACUUGGGCCUUCCAUCUGAAGAUUCUGAUGAUGGUGAUUAUGACCCUGGUGCUCCAGAUGCUGACAAUAAAGUCAAUGAAGAAAGUUCAAGCUCUGACUUCACAUCUGACUCUGAGGAUCUUGCUGCUGCAAUUGUGGAUAGCACGUCCCCUGGACAGGAUGAUGAAAUCAGAUCUGCAUCCUUGGAUGAUGUUAAGUACUUGAAAAGUUAUGUCAAAAAAAGGGGUAAAGCUGGUAAGAAGCUAUCUAUGGCUGAUGAACUGUCGUCUUUACUAGAGCCAGAUGCUGGUCAAGAAGGUUCUACACCUGUUUCUGGGAAAAGGAAUUUGGAAAGGUUGGACUACAAAAAGCUGUAUGAUGAGACAUACCACAGUGAUACUAGUGAGGAUGAAGAUUGGACAGCGACUGUUACUCCUAGUAGAAAGAAGAAAGGGAAUGUGAAUCCUGUGUCACCAAAUAGAAAUGCUUCAAAUAAUUCCAUGCACACUCCUAAGAGGAAUGGCCAUCAGAAUAAAUUUGAAAAUACAAAAAAUUCACCUGCCAAAUCACUCAAUGGCCUUGUGAAAUUUGAUUCUAGUGAACAAAAGUCUAGAUCUCCAGCUUGUAAAAGACUAGGUGAAGCAGUAGUUCAGAGACUUCACAUAUCUUUUAAAGAAAAUCAGUAUCCAGAUAGAGCUACUAAAGAAAGCUUGGCACAAGAACUUGGACUUACUUGUCAGCAGGUUGCCAAAUGGUUUGACAAUACACGAUGGAGCUUCCGGCACUCAUCACUAAUGAAAACCAAUUCAGGGAGAAAUGAAGGGGGUGAAUGUGAAUUAAUGUCCCCGGAGGUCAGCGGAGAAAAAUCAAAAGCCCCAAGCUCUGGAAAAAGAAAGAAAUUGUCAGAACACCAACUAUCUGAAACGCAGCUAGAUAUCAAUGGCUUGGAAACAAGUUCACCCAAUGCUCAUCAAACCCAAAGGGGCAAGAGAAUGAAGACCAGGAGAAGGAAAUGACAUGUUAAUACGGUUUUAACCUUCUUUAAGGCCUCAAAUUAAACUGUCCAUCUUUUGUGAGAUUGAGAUCCCAUGAGAUGAUCAACUCGGAUCUCGAUGGAUUUGUUUCCAUUCAGGCAGGUAAUCAUAAGAUGUGUUAUAUUGUUUGUAUUUUUUAAGGAUAGCUUUUCAGGUAUUGAUCUCUGGUGAUUUUGUUUUAGUGUUGCUCCUCAUGCAAGCACUAAAAUAGUUCACUCAGUAGUUUUGCAAUUUUUAGAUUUUUUAUUUAUUUACAGAGACUCAAUUACUUGUUCCAAUGGUUUUUCCUCCAUUACAGUGCAAAAAAAGCUAAAAAAAAAAACACAAUGAGAAUAGGGCAACUAUUUAUCUUUGUACGUCAGCAUUCAAUGUCAUCACUUAAUUAACCUGCA